UUUUGAUUUUUUAAAAAGGCGGAAAUUUCGUUCGGAGGAUGACAGAUAUUUUAGAAAUUAAGAAUUGGCUAAAAAACAAGUCUAUUUUAAUAGAGGAUGAUUGGUUGCAAGCUUGUGUAGAAUGGAUUUUAAAUGGAGAAGGAGAAUUAACUUUGGAUCAAAUAAAAGAUAGUGUUUAUAAACAGUGGUUAAUUGCAGAUUUGCAAGAAAUUGGUUGUUCAUGUUUACCACAAAAUAUUUAUUCUAUUCAAAAAAACAUUCUUCAAGGAAAUUAUGUCUUUCAGAUUUUAACUAUACAAGAUAUUAGUCAAUCUUUCUACAGUCAGUUAAUUAAACUUGAUGGUAAGGAAAAUGAAAAUACAGCAGUCUCAGCAACACCAAUGCCAACAUUGAAUACUUGGGAAAUUAAACCAACUCGUAUGCUUAUGCUAACAUUAACAGACGGUGUACAAAUAUUAAAAGGCAUGGAAUAUAAACCUAUACCAUUUCUUCAUACCAAAUUACCUUCAGGAACAAAGGUUUUAUUUUCAUUUUAAUUAAUUAA